AUGGCAGUAUUCGCACAGCGCACUGCGGCAAAGUGUGCAUCAUUUUUGAUCGAACAUAUUAAACCUACAGAUCGGAUCCUCGACGUUGGCUGUGGCGUAGGCUCCAUCACGCUCGACCUUGCUCGGCUCGUGCCCCAGGGCCAAGUGAUCGGUAUCGACAUUUCAGAAAGCGAUUUGGUAAUUGCGCAAGAUGCGGCUGAUGCACAAGGUAUUAAGAACAUCGACUUCAAGCAGGUCGACGCAUACAAGUUACUUGAGACGUUUGAUGAGAACUUCUUCGACAUUGUCCACGCACAUCAAGUCUUGCUGCAUGUCUCCGAACCAGUUAAGAUGUUACAGCAAAUCCGGCGGGUGGCGAGACCUGGUGGCUAUAUAUCAGCAACGGAUUGUGCAGAGGUCUUUACGUACCCUCUUCUACCGGCUCACGAAAAGCAGAAGGCCGUCUGGCUAGAACUGGGGAGGCGUCGCGGGGCAUAUGGCCUGGGUGGAAGGAAAAAUCACGAGUGGGCGCACGGUGCUGGAUUCGACUGGAGCCAGAUCUAG